AUGCCUGAUGAACGCAGAAUUAAAUUUCCGGAAGGGACAGGUCUUCUGAGUGGUGAUUCGUCCAGAGCUCAAAGAUGGUUUGUUCUGGCUGUGGAAGUUGUGGGCAAGCCAACUGCAGUCAUGACCUAUUUCCUGAUAUUAUUUUACAUGUUUCUGGUAUCUACUGAUUUCGUGGAGUCUUUUGUUGAUGGGCGACCCAGAAGCAGCACAAAAUUCUGUAACAUUAUGGCCGCUUUCAUGUUUGCAGCAAUGACGCUUUUCCUGAUCACCGUGGUAGAAAACUGGACACCUCGCCGCCAUGACAGGCCAAACAGAUCUCAACAGCAAGAGACUACAAGUGCAGAAGGGGAUGGUUGUUUUAUUACAACUGAGAAUUGA